AUGCUUCAGCAUUGCAUUGCCGCGGCUUUCAUGUUCUUCUUUGUCCUCUUCCUUUAUUUGAUCGAGAAACUCUUCAAGUUGAGCGCACGCGUGAAUCCUCGUCUCCCUCCAGGAAGCCUAGGAUGGCCACUCAUCGGCGAGACUCAGGAGUUCCUCCGGGCGGGAUGGCUGGGAGAGCCCGAACGGUUCAUCAGGGAGAGGAUGGACAGGCAUGAUGCGAGGGUCUUCAAAACAUCCCUGCUUGGGGAGCCGAUGGCCGUCUUCUGUGGGACAGAGGGGCACAAGUUCUUGUUUGGCAACGAGAACAAAGCCGUCAAGGUCUGGUGGCCGAUCACGGUGCAGAAGCUGUUCCGGUCAAGCCUGGUCAACACGGCAGGUGAGGAUGCCAAGUCCCUGAAGAGGAUGCUCAUGAACUUUUUCCAUCCUGAGGCGCUCAAGAGGUACAUAGAGAGGAUGGACAUUAUCACCCAACACCAUCUUGACACGCACUGGGAAGGAAGAGACGAAGUGCGACUCUAUCCGAUGCUUAAGAUCUACACUAUGGAAUUGGCCUGUCGCAUCUUCACCAGCACCGAUGACCCUACACGAAUUUCAAACCUGGCCGCUUUAUUCGACGUGUUCAUAAAUGGAGUCGUGAAUUUGCCUAUAAGUUUCCCCGGAACGGCAUUCCACCGUUCAACCAGGGCUGCCAAUCGAAUCCGGGAAGAGAUUCGGUCGAUUAUUAUGGAGAGAAAAUUAGCUCUGUGGAAAGAAAAGGCGACGCCUGACCAAGAUCUCUUGUCCUUCUUGCUCACUUCUGCAGAUGCUAACGGACGGUUCUUGAGCGAGAUGGAGAUCAUUGACAACAUACUCCUAAUAUUAUUCGCUGAGCACGAAGAUAUUGCCAAAUCGAAAGAACUGGCGUGGUUGCAGUGGAAGGAUUUGCAGAAGAUGAGGUACUCCAUGAAUGUGGUUGCAGAAGUUAUGAGGCUGAUGCCACCAGUGACCGGCGCGUUCCGAGAGGCCCUGGUCGAUUUCACAUAUGCCGGUUAUACAAUUCCUAAAGGAUGGAAGCUAUAUUGGUCUACCGGCUCCACACAUAAAGAUCCAGUUCUUUACCCGAAUCCUGAAAAGUUUGAUGCAUCGAGAUUUGAAGGAUCAGGGUCGAACCCUUUCUCGUACGUCCCGUUUGGAGGGGGGCCAAGGAUGUGCUUGGGGCAUGAAUUUGCCAGGAUUAAUAUCCUUAUAUUUCUUCACAAUAUGGUGACAAGCUUCAAGUGGAAUUUGGCGAUCCCGGAUGAAGCAAUUGGUUAUGACCCCAUGCUUUCACCACAACAGGGGCUUCCACUCCGUCUUCUGCCACGCAGACUGUGAAACAGAUGCUGAGUCUAUCAUCUUCAACUGCUAAGCUUUAUGUUCUUCAAAUUGAUCGUUUUCCUACUCUCACCGCCAUUAUUGGUCUUCGCUCAGAGCCCUGCUCCUCCUCAUGGUGGUUUAUCCCUUAAAAUUGCCCAACAAGGACG